CACUGUUCUCUCUCUCUUUCUCUCUCUGUAAGAGGUAUUUUAAGAUCUCCGAGAAAACAGAGAAAGGAAACAUUCUGUCUUUGCCUAUCGCAAUCUCAGUUGGUUGGAAAAAAAAAAAAAAUUACAUGUUUCAUUUAUUUGCUUCACAUUCUCUGGAAUUUCUUUCUUUUGGACUUCAUUCGAAGAUGAAAACCCAGCGACUUUGUCUGCUACUGGGCCUCUUGUUUCUGCUUCCAAUUCUUGGAUCAGCUUCUGCUGUGUCGAAAGACUUGCUUGGAAUUGCUCCUGGAGAUGAGAAACACUACCAGUCAGAGUUCAUAAAAUGCAAAGAUGGAUCAAAAGGAUUCACCAGAGCUCAGAUAAACGAUGACUUCUGCGACUGCCCCGAUGGAACUGAUGAACCAGGAACAUCAGCAUGCCCAGGAGGAAAAUUCUAUUGUCGGAAUGCAGGACAUACUCCUCUUUCAUUGUUUUCUUCAAGAGUCAAUGAUGGCAUUUGCGAUUGUUGUGAUGGGAGUGAUGAGUAUGAUGGUAAGGUGAAGUGUCUAAAUACAUGUUGGGAAUCUGGCAAAGUGGCUCGGGAAAAACUGAACAAGAAAAUUGCAACAUAUAGGGAGGGGGUUACUAUAAGAAAGAAGGAAGUAGAACAAGCAAAACAAGCAAUUGUUAAAGAUGAAGCAGAACUGUCAAGGCUGAAAAGUGAGGAGAAGAUACUCAAAGGUCUUGUUCAACAGCUCAAAGCACAAAAGGAACAGAUAGAAAAGCUAGAGGAGCAGGAGCGCUUGGAAAAGGAGAAGGAACAGAAGAGAAAAAAAGAAGCUGAGCAGAAAGUUAAUGAGGAAAGACAAGCCAUUGAAACUUCACAUGAUGACAAAACUGGUGUUUUAGAAGACCCUCCAGUCGAUGAGCACACAAAAGAAGAUAAGGAUGAAACUGUGGCCGCAUCUAAUGCUAGUCAUGAGCCAGGAAGUGGAGCAUCUCCUCAUCAAGGUGUAAAACAGGAGAAUGAAGUAUCUGACAAUACUGAGGGAUUGUCAAGAGAAGAGUUAGGGCGUCUUGUUGCUUCUCGCUGGACAGGAAAGAAUACCAAAUCACAAACCAACGAAGAUGAUGUUCCUAAAGGUGAAGACCAUGAAAUUAAUGAAGAGAUCCCAGUGAACACACACGAUGAAGACCAUGACCACUAUGCUUCAGAAAAUGAUGUGGAUAGCCAAAAUUUUGAUGAUGAUAAUAUAGAAGAUGGAAACAGUGAUGAGGAGCCAGAGGAAGAAUAUAAUGAUGAUUCUACUACAUCCUACAACUCUGACUCAGAAGACCAAGCAGAUUUUUCAGAUAUUACAACAAGUAGCUCAUCUUGGUUGGAUAAGAUACAAGAAACAGUUAGGGACAUUUUACAGAAGGUUAACUUGUUUCAGACUCCAGUGGAAAAAUCAGAGGCUGCUCGUAUUCGGAAGGAGUAUGAUGACUCCAAUAAAAAGUUGUCUAAGAUACUGUCAACAAUAUCAAGUUUGACUGAAAAGCUAAAACAUGAUUUUGGGCCAGAUAAGGAAUUUUAUUCAUUUUAUGAUCGUUGCUUUGAGAACAGGCAGAACAAGUAUGUCUACAAGGUAUGUCCAUUUAAAAAAGCUUUGCAGGUGGAAGGUCACAGUACCACCCACUUGGGGCGUUGGGAAAAAUUUGAGGAUUCAUACAGAGUCAUGGUAUUUUCAAAUGGUGAUAGAUGCUGGAACGGACCUGACAGAAGCUUAAAGGUCAAGCUUAGGUGUGGAUUGAAUAAUGAGCUAGCUGAUGUAGAUGAACCCAGUCGUUGCGAAUAUAUGGCAAUUUUGUCCACCCCUGCUGUAUGCUUGGAAGAAAAGCUAAAGGAGCUGCAAUAUAAGUUAGAUUUAAUGAACAGGGAACAACCUCAGAGCCGUGAUGAGCUUUGAACACUUGGUAUGUACCGAGGAAGCUCAAGUAUUUGUAUUACAAUUGAUUUGAGUCCAUGCCCUGGGACACUCGAUAUAAUUUCCUGAAGAUACAGAAGUUCAAAAGGGCCUCCUUCGGCAGGUCAUCUGGAAGCUAAAAAGCCAAAUAUGGAGUGGCCUUCUGAACUUCUUUUGGUUUUUGAGCUCACUCGUUGAACAAAAAUGUUCAGAAGCCAAAUGAAGUUGACUGGAGAGCUGCAAAGCCAAAUAAAGUUGAUUUCUAAGUAUACAAUGCUUCCCUCCAUUGAACAAAAAUGUUUUAACGAUUGUGUCAAAAAAAAACUAUGGUUAGGGUGGGUUGCUUGUACACAAUCAAUUCUGUUGUGGCACUUUCAAUGAUUCAAGUAGGCAUUUGCUUUAUGUUGUUGAAGAUGAA